AUGUCGACGAAAGCUACGCGCUCAUCUAACCCAACGUGCACAUACGAGAACGGACGCCGUUAUCAUGCCUACCGUGAGGGCGCUUAUCCAUUUCCUAAUGAUCACAAAGAGCAGGAUAGAAUGGAUCUAGGACAUCACAUCUAUCGUCUCUUGUUAGGUGGAAAACUCUACCUAGCACCCAUCGGAGAUAACCCAAAGCGAGUACUAGAUCUGGGCGCUGGCACAGGCAUCUGGGCUAUCGAUUUUGCAGAGCGCGUAGCCCAUAGCUCAGCAUCAAGGGAGAAUUGUUCCUGA